AUGCCUCGUUGUACGGUAGUUACAGGUGACGGUCACACAGUUGUGACCGGAUGGCCUCCAGAUAAUGAGGAUGGUGCCUCGACUUCUUCCAGCCCAUCUUUAUCUCCACCAUCAUCACAAUCAUUCAAUUCACCCACAAGGAAAUUGUUGCCUAAGAAUAGACCAAGUAUCCGUUUAUGGUUUCUCCAUAAACAGUUGACAUUACCCGUUUGGGCGGUUGUGCUUCCAUCGGCUGUUCUGUUGCUUUUGAUUGGAAUUGUCUUUGGGCUAUUGCAUCUUCGAAUAGAUCAUCUAGAGCGACAUUUUCUUCAUUCUUCGUCAAAUGAGGUUUCCAUUGGUUUGGAUUCUCCAUCGAACACCACUGAAGCUUUCACAAGAAAGCCACGAGCUGUCCGAUAUGAUCGAGCCCACAAUUGUGUCUGCCCGCCAGGUCCAAAGGGCGACGUUGGACCACCGGGAUCACCCGGUCUUGCGGGACUUCCAGCUCCAUCUAUGCUCGGAAGAAGCAGCACGAACAGCAACUUCAACCAACUUCUUAUACAGUGUGUAGUGGGUCCAAUUGGAUUGGAUGGACCACGAGGAUUGCCUGGAGUUCCUGGAAUAAAGGGUGAUCGGGGAGAUCGUGGAAAUCCAGGACUCCCAGGUUUAUCUGGACCAAAAGGAGAUAAAGGAGUUUGUCUAAAUACGCCGAUGACUACUGGCCCAAUGCUCGGAUCUCCAAUGUUGGUGGCUGGACCACCUGGACUUCCAGGUCCACCAGGAAAAUCCGGUCGCGACGGUUUAGAUGGAUUAAUUGGGCCAAAGGGUGAACGAGGAUUGCCUGGAUUUGAUGGAGAAAGCAAAGUCGGUCCAAAAGGAGAUCCCGGAGAGCCAGGUCGAGAUGGACUUGCCGGGCCACGAGGGCCACCCGGUGAACGAGGGCCUAAGGGUGAAUCAAGCACAAUCCAGCAACAAGCUUCGCAGUGGCUUCUUCCGGGUCCUGGUGAAAAGGGUGAACGAGGUGAAAGAGGAAAUAUCGGGCAACCAGGACAACCAGGACAAGCCGGAUUUAUGCAAAGUGGAAAAAUGGGAAGAGGAGAUGGACAGCCUGGACCUCCUGGACCACCGGGGAGAGAUGGAAGAGAUGGGGAGAAAGGCGAAAAGGCCCACCUGGCUCGAAUCAGUUGGGUAAUGUCGGGUGAUUUGGUUAAAGAGAUCCUACCAGCGAUCAAAGAGAAGUUAACGGAACUCCGAGUGAAACACGGAUACCCUGGACCACCAGGAUUGCCAGGACCAUUGGGUCAAGUGCUGGAAGUUUCUCCAUCAACGAGUGACGGUAAAGGAGUGAUGGGACCUCCUGGGCCACCGGGGAUUCCCCGGUUUCACCGGGAACACCUGGGGAAAGAGGAGAGAAAGGAGAUAGGGGUGAUGGAUUGCCAGGACACCCAGGAAGUCUUGGUUUUACCGGUAUCUCAUAUGUUUUUGGGUCCUCCCGGUCCGAUGGGACUUCGAGGUCCACCAGGAGCUGAAGGAAAGCUAGGAAAACAAGGACCAACAGGCCCAAAGGGAGAUCCAGGCAUAAUGGGUGCUCAAGGCCAAAUCGGUCAACCAGGCUCACCCGGAGAGCCAGGUUUACAAGGAGAAAAGGGUGAUCAAGGGAUUCCCGGUUUGGAUGCUCCUUGCCCGAUUGGACCCGAUGGUUUACCGAUGGAAUUCUGUGCAUGGAAGAACGGUGAUUCUGAUGAGAAUUCUCUUGACAAAGCGGCAUUGAAAAAGAAAAAGAGAAGCGAUGAAAGAGAGGAGAAUUUGGGAAGCAAGCAAUCACCGAAAAAACAUCACAAAAAGCAUCAUGGACACGAUUUGGCGUGGAAUGAUUUGGAGAAUUUCGAGAAUCUAAUCAUU